AAGGCCCGGGCGAAGCGGAGCCUCCGCAGCACCUCCAAGCUCUUCAUGGGCUUCAAGAAGCUGGGGCUGCGGCGGCCCAAGAAGGGGCAGUUCAAGAACACGUCCCGCUUCUUCUGGGGGCUGCAGAAGCACAGCACCAAGAGGAAGAAGAAGAAGAAGAACAAGGCCGUGCUCAAGUCCACCUCCAACCUCAUGGUGCGCUUCAAGCACGUGGGCAAGAAGAGGAAGGAGGCGGAUGCCACCACCGCGGCUGCCACCACCGCUGCCACCGCCGCCACCUCCCCGCCGGCAAAACCAUCCUUUCUGCUGCUGCGCCGGGCAGGGCAGGCGGCUGAGGAUGGCGCGUCCCUCUUCCGCCGGCGCCCGGAAAGGAAAUUCAAGCCCCGGGCGCAGGUGCUGAGCAAGGCGGCCGCCGCCACGGGCUGGCUGGCCAGGAAGCUGCUCUCGCGGCGCGGGCGGCUGGCGGGGGGUGGCCGGGCAGCCGACACGGCCUGGCUGUCCCGCAUCGGUGCCAAGAAGCUGCCGUUCCCCGCGGAAGACGAGAUCCUCAGGCACCGAGCCAACAUGAGGCGGCUCCCGGCCGGCAGCGGGCCGGCGGCUCCCGGUGCAGCACGGCACGGCCAGGAGCGGCUCGGCAGCAUGGCGCGGCGCCCGUCACGGCGGCGAUCGCAGCGUACGCCUGCAGAGACGCCGGUGCCGCGCUAUGGGUGGGCACAGGAGGAGCGGGAUGGGGCCUACGGGCGCCGGCACGGGUACGCCAAGGAGGUGCAGGAGGGGGCCUGUGGCCGCCGGCUGAGCUACACCAAGGAGGAGGAAGAUGGAGCCUACGGUCGCUGGCGUGGCUAUGCUGAGGAGGAGGAGGAUGGGCCCUAUGGCCUCCAGCACGGUUAUGCUGAGGAGGAAGAGGAGGAGGAAGGCUACAUCCAGUCACCAACCCCAGCCUACCCGGCAGGGUACGGCUUUGAGGAUAUGGCACCCAGCCGUUACGUCGAGUACCCUGGCUACGAGGCGGAGGAGGAGUACGGUUUCUGUGGCGGGGGCUGGGAUGAGGACGAGCCAUUGGAGCACCCCUAUGGCUGCGCAGAGGACGAGGACUACGAGCCGUAUGGUGACAGGACCCUGCUCCGCCUCCACGACCCUUAUGGCAGCGACCUGGAGUACGGCGAGGAGGCGGCGGGGCCCUUCGGCUAUGCGAGGGACCCAUACGAGGACUUUGGGGACCCCCUCAGCCCCGUGGCAGGCGGUGGGGGGUACAUGGGGAAUGAGUACCCCGAACACCGCAUCCAGUACAGCGAGGGCGGGUGGGCGCCGCACGCCCAGUCCUCCUGCAACCCCUACGCCCUGCCCCUGGAUGAGAUCGCCGAGGCAGAGGAGCCGGAGGAGUGGGAGGAGGAGGAGAGGGAUUAUCCUUUCUCCAUCCUCAGCACCUCCUCUCUCAAGGGCAUGCGGGACACGCUGUCCUCCAAGCUCUCCCUCAACAGGAAAUUCAGGCUCUUCCCCCGGCCUCAGGUCAAGAUUUUCGGCAGGGACCGCCUGGACAUCUCCCUCCCGCCGUCCCCGCACCGCGACGAGGAUGACUACGACGAGUACGAGCCGCCGCCGGCUGCGGUUGGCCCCGCGGGACGCCGGGGGGGCCGGGUCUCGGCAGCGCGGGCGUGCGGAAGCCCGCUGGGACAGUUCCUGCAGCGCUCCCUCUUGCAGCCCCAGCCCCUGCUCCAGCCCCCCGGCCGCCCACCUCGGGGUGCAGGAGCCCCCCAAGACCGCGGGGCCCCCCAGCCUUCCUACAGGCACUUCAGCCGCAGGCUGGCAGGGAUGGAGAGCUCUGGGUCGGUGCGGACAGGGGGUGGCCGGGACCCCCCGCCCCGAGAUGCUCCCUCCAGGGACCCCUCCCCACCAGGGGGGCCAUGGGGACAGCCCCCUCCCCGGGAACCAGGGGUUUUGCGGCCGCCCUCGCUCCGUAACCCCUUUGCAAACCCUGGGGGCUCCCCACCACCAGCCCGGCAGCACCCUGGCAGCGUGCGGCGUGAGGGCACGCGGCGCUCCCCAUCCCUUGGCGCCAGCCUCCGCCGGCUCAGCCCCGAGCCCCCUGCCACGCCACGGGCACCCCCAAACACCGUGAUGUCGGGGCCGGGGUCACAACGUUUGGGGGUGCCCGUGGCAGGGUCGGGGAGGUCCCUGUCCCCGCGGCCGUCACGGCGGAGCAGCCCCCCCAGGAUGGCAUCCCCAGGACAGCUCCCCCAAGCCUGGACCCGGCAGCCUGAGCCCCCCACCAAGGCCGUGAAGCCGCUGAUGAGGACCCCCUUCCUCCCACCAUCCUCACGCCCUGGCAGCCGCCGACUCGGCCCCCCCAGCCCCUCCUGGGACAAGGGACCCAGCAUGGAGCUGCCCCCCUGGCAGGGCACCCCCCCGCCGCCCAGCCCUGCACCUGGGCCCCCCAAAUCUUUCCUCCAGCGCAUCGGGCAGCCCCUGGCUGGCAUGGCCCCGCAGUCACAGCCAGCAAGGCCAUCUCCUACUGAAACGGGGGGCCGCAGCCUGUCCCCGGGACGGAUCCGGCACAUGGGGCAGUCCCUGGCAUCGCUGCUGGUGGGGAGCAUGGCCCCCACCCAAGCCCCCCCAUCCCCACCUCCGGCUCGCCGUCCCCUGUCCCGCUCGCCCUCCCCGCCGAGGCGCGCAUCCCGGCGGGAUGGGGGCACCCCCAGAUCUCCAAGCCCUAACGCGCGGUGCCCGCUCCCCCCCUCCACCCCCAGCACCCGCCGCAGCCCCUCGCCCCGUGGCCGUGCCCCGGGCUCUCCGUCCGCCCUCCGCCGCAGCACGCGUGCCCCCGAGCCUCCGGAGAGCGAGGCUGUGGCCGGGGAGGACGGCGCGGGGCGCUACGCCGUGGUGACGCCGCAGAUCCAGAGGCUGGGCUCCUUCCGGAGGGCGUCCCGCAUGUACAAGCAGCACUGGUCCAAGCAGCACGUCGUGCGGGUGCAGGAGAUGCCCGACGCCUGGACGGCCGAGCAGGGCUACCCCCGGCGCCCCACUGAGCGCAGCCGGCAGCGGGCGAGCCAGCGGGGAGCUGACAUCGCCCGGUACCUGAGCCAGCGCUCACCGGCGGGCGACUGGAGGGACAGGAACCCCUGGGCGGACGGGUACCUGGGCACCAAGCAGCCCUGGCGCAGCAAGAUGCAGUCGCUGUGCAGCCUGCCCAUCGUGCGCUACCAGGAGCCGCAGGAGGAGGACGGGCUGGAGGACCUGACCCAGCUGGAGGACCUGCAGGAAGCCGCGGUGCUGAGCAACAUCCGGACACGGUUCGAGCGCCAGCUCGUCUACACGUACAUCGGCAGCAUCCUGGUGUCGGUGAACCCCUACAGGCUGUACAACAUCUACGGGACGGAGCAGGUGCUGCAGUACGAGGGCAGGGCGCUGGGCGAGAACCCCCCGCACCUCUUCGCGAUUGCGAACGUCGCCUACUCUAAAGUGAUGGAUGCCAAACACAACCAGUGUAUCGUCAUCAGUGGGGAGAGCGGCUCGGGGAAGACCGAGGCCACCAAGCUGAUCCUGCGCUACCUGGCAGCCGUCAGCCAGAAGCGCAGCACUGCACAGCAGGUGAGUAUCCUGGAGGCGACCCCCUUGCUGGAAUCCUUCGGCAACGCCAAAACUGUGAGGAAUGACAAUUCCAGCAGGUUUGGGAAGUUUGUGGAAAUCUUUCUGGAGGAUGGUUUGAUCUGCGGUGCCAUCACCUCUCAGUACCUGCUGGAGAAGUCCCGCGUGGUCUUCCAGGCCAAGAGCGAGCGCAACUACCACAUCUUCUACGAGAUGCUGGUGGGGCUGCCCGCCCAGCAGCGACAGCGGUACUGCCUGCAGGGCGCCGAGACCUACUACUACCUGAACCAGGGUGGGAACUGCGAGAUCCCCGGCAAGGACGACGCGGAGGAUUUCCGACGGCUGCUCAGCACCAUGGAGGUGCUGGGCUUCAGCGUGGACGAGCAGAACAGCAUCUUCCGCAUCCUCUCCUCCGUCCUCCACCUGGGCAACGUCUACUUCGAAAAAUACGAGACGGACUGCCAGGAGAUCGCCACGGUGGUGAGCGCCACGGAGAUCCGGACGGUGGCGGAGCUGCUGCAGGUCUCCCCCGAGGGGCUGCAGAAAGCCAUCACCUUCAAGGUGACGGAAACGCUGCGGGAGAAGAUUUUUACCCCCCUGACUGUCGAAAGCGCUGUGGAUGCCAGGGAUGCCAUCGCCAAGACCCUGUACGCCCUGCUCUUCGGCUGGCUCACCGACCGCAUCAACAAGCUGGUGUACCCGCGGCAGGACGCCCUCUCCAUCGCCAUCCUGGACAUCUACGGCUUUGAGGAUCUCAACUUCAACAGCUUCGAGCAGCUGUGCAUCAACUACGCCAACGAGUACCUGCAGUUCUUCUUCAACAAGAUCGUCUUCCAGGAGGAGCAGGAGGAGUACCUGCGGGAGCAGAUCGAGUGGAAGGAAAUCCCCUUCAGCGACAACCAGCCCUGCAUCGACCUCAUCUCCCAGAAACCCUACGGCAUCCUCCGCAUCCUGGACGACCAGAGCUGCUUCCCCCAGGCCACGGACCACACGUUCCUGCAGAAGUGUCACUACCACCACGGCACCAACCCGCUGUACACCAAGCCGAAGAUGCCGCUGCCCGAGUUCACCAUCAAGCACUACGCGGGGAAGGUGACCUACCAGGUUCACAAGUUUUUGGAUAAGAACUACGACCAGGUCCGCCAGGACGUGCUGGACCUGUUCCUCAGCAGCAGGACCAAGGUGGUGGCCAACCUCUUCUUCGGCCAUGCCCAGGUGCUGGCCCGGCAGAGGAGCCUGGUCAGGAGGAGCAGCACCAGGACGCGGCGCUACAAGGCUCCCACCGUGGCCGCCCGCUUCCAGCAGUCGCUGCUCGACCUGGUGGAGAAGAUGGAGAGGUGCAACCCCUUCUUCGUGCGCUGCCUCAAACCCAACAACAAGAAAGAGCCGGGGCUCUUCGAGGCCGACGUGGUCAGCAGCCAGCUGCGGUACUCGGGCAUCCUGGAGACCAUCCGCAUCCGCAAGGAGGGCUUCCCCAUCCGCAUCCCCUUCCUCGUCUUCAUCGACAGGUACCGCUGCCUGGUCGACAUGUGGUCCAACGUGGUUCCCAACGGGGCCAACUGCGUGGAGAUGCUGAGGAACCUCUGCCCCGUCAGCCCCAGCAUGUACUACGUCGGCGUCACCAAGCUCUUCCUGAAGGAGCAGCUGUACCAGGCGCUGGAGAGCAAGCGAGCCCGUGCACACCACCUGGCCGCGCUCACGCUGCAGCGCUACGCCCGCACCUUCUUCAUCAAGCGGCGCUUCCGCUCGCUGCGCCGCAAGAUCGUCCUGCUGCAGAGCCGGGCGCGCGGCUACCUGGCCAGGCAGCGGUACCGGCGCAUGAGGCACACGCUCAUCAAGUUCAGGUCGCUGGUGCACAUCUACGUGAACCGCCGGCGGUACCUCAAGAGGAAGGAGGACGCCCGCCGGCGGGCGGAGGAGGAGAAGGAGAGGAUGAAGCAGGAGCUGACGAGGAGGGAGGUGGUGGACGUGACGCACCUGGAGAUCCCCGCAGAGCUGAUGGGGCUGCUGGAGGCCGCGGCGGCCGCCCGGGAGGUGAACGCCGGCUGCGUGGUCCUGGUGCCGCCCCCGGCAUUGCAGCCCGACUCCCAGCUCACCCUCCCGCUCGACAUCAAUGACUACCCCAUGGCCAAGUACGUGCGGGGCCACUUCCAGGAGCCGGCUUUUGGGAUGCUGACGGCCCCGCUGGCAGCUCCGCUCACCCGGCUGGACGAGGAGCUGUGCCACGAGGCGCUCGGCCUCUUCAAGCUGAUCCUGCGCUUCAUGGGCGACCCGGGGCUGGGCGGCUCGCAGGAGACCCUCUUUGGCAACUACAUCGUGCAGAAGGGGCUGGCGGCGCCGGGGCUGCGGGACGAGCUGCUGGCACAAGCCGCCAACCAGGUCUGGCGCAACACCAACGUCAACAACGAGGAGCGGGGCUGGCUGCUGCUGGCCGCCUGCCUCAGCGCCUUCCCCCCCUCGGCCGCCUUCGACAAGUACCUGCUCAAGUUUGUCUCCGACUACGCCUUCGCCGGCUACAAGCCAGUGUGCCAGCGCAAGCUGAUGCACGCCAUGGCGCGGUCCCAGCUGGGCGCCGCGGCCGCCCGCGCCUACCCGCCCUCGCUGCUGGAGUGGACGGCGAACCGGCGGCAAGCCAGCAUGGCGCUGCAGCUCUUCUGCUUCAAUGGCGACACGUUCUCCUGCCCCGUGCACUCCUGGAGCACCGGCGAGGACCUGGCCGGGGAUGUCCUGAAGCACAGGGGGCUGGCAGAGGGCUGGCGCGGCUGGUCCGUGGCCAUGAAGGUGGGCACCCAGUGGGCCGAGCUGGCCGGCCACGACUACGUCCUGGACCUCGUCUCCGACCUGGAGCUGCUGCAGGGCUUCCCCAAGCAGAAGUCGUGCUUCCUCAUCGCCUGGGAGGGCGCAGGGAGCCGCGACCGUGCCAGCCAGGCGGCGCAGGGGCACGGUGGCGUGGAUUUGGACGAAGUGCCUCCUCCUCCGGCCGUCAGAGCGCCCACGCUGCCCUCGCUGGCGGAGGCAGAGGGGUACCCGCCGCACGAUUCUGACUUCGGGGAGCCGCGCACCCAGAAGGGUUUGGACCGGUACCUGGACAGCCUCUUCGACCCGGUGCUGUCCUACGGCAACGGGGAGCUGGAGAAGCCGGCUGUCCUCGUGCAGAGGAUGAAGGGAGGAGGUGGCACGGGAGGAGGGGACAGCGGGGGUGAUGCCAAGCAGACCAGACCCGCUGUGCCUGCAGAGCCGCAGCAGCCGAGGGCUGCGGAGCCAGCCCCGUCCCUGCAGCGCUGGGCGGACCCCAACCCACCAGGAACCCCGGGCAGAGCAGCGGAGGUGUCACCCACCCGUGGCCCCCAGCCCCGGCCCUACCUGCAGAAAGCCGCGCCCACAGGCCAGCAGUGGGAUGGCGAGCCGGUGCGGCACUCCCGGCUCAACUCGGAGCACUUCCCGCGGCCCACGCACAACAUCCGAAACAUCAUCCGGCAGUGCCAGCCCGCCCCGCGCGGCACCCAGCCCGCCAGCAAGCUCUUUGGGAAGAAGCUGGACCCCCACGAGGAAGCCAUGCAGAUCCUGAGGGAGCAGCUCUCGGCAGCCCAGGUGCCCGCGGCCGGACCCACGGAGGCGGCGGCCGCGGUGAAACCGGUCACGGGUGGCGGGUACCAGCCGCGAGCACCGACGGGGAGACCGGCAGCCACCCGGCCCCCAGUCUCCGUGUCACGGGAGCUCCCGUCCGAGGCGCAGCAGGUCCAGACCCAGCUCCACCGCAGCUGCAGCGAGGACUUCUACACCUACCACAACGUGCCGUGGAAAAUGUACAUCCGCAAGGAGGUUUUCUACCCCAAGGACAGCUGCAACAACCCGCUGCUGCUGGACCUCAUCUUCCGGCAGAUCUUCACCGACACGCUCUCCGACACCUGCAUCCGCAUCAGCCCCGAGGAGCGGCUCCGCAUGAAGUCCCUCUUCGCGGAAAACAAGCUGGACUCCUUCAGCCCGGUGGCCACCGAGAGCGUCAAGAAGGAGAUCGUGGCUGCUGCACGGGACGGCUGCGAGGUGUAUUUCUCACGCCUCUUCCCCGCCACGGGCAGCGUGGGCACAGGGGUGCAGAUCCUGGCCGUGUCCCACGCCGGCAUCAAGCUGCUGCGGCUGGUGAAGGGCACCAACGUGCCCGGGGAGCAGCUGCGGGUGCUGCGGGCGUACAGCUACGCCGACGUGCUCUUCGUGACCACCCCGUCCAGGAACAUGCUGGAGUUCAACCUGAGCAGCGAGAAGCUCAUCCUCUUCUCCCCCAAGGCCCCGCAGGUCAAGGCCAUGGUGGACCAGUUCAUCACGGAGCUCAGGAAGGACUCCCAGUACGUGGUGGCCGUCAGGAACUACAGCCCGGAGGACGGCGCCCAGCUCAGCUUCCACAAGGGGGACAUCAUCCGCCUGCAGCCGCUGGAGCGCCCCGAGCGAGACCACUACUACGGCUGCGUGGUCCGCAAGAAGGUGAUGUACCUGGAGGAGCUGAAGACGGGCACCCAGGAUUUUGGGUGGAAGUUCGGGGCCAUCCACGGCAGGUCGGGGCUCUUCCCGGCCGAGUACGUCCAGCCCGUCGCGGCCCCCGACUUCGUCCACUUGCCGGCGGAGAGGAAAGAGGAGCCCCGGGACAAGCAGGGCAGGGUGGCAGCCUCGGGGGCCGUGGCCGUGGCCGUGGCUUCCACCGCCGUGGCCUGGGAGCUGGACCGCAGAACAGAGGUGUCUCCUGCUUUCCCCGGGGGUCCGGAGGGUGAUGGAGGUGACCAGCUUGGGGACAUCGUGGGGACCUGCCCCAUGCUGGCCUUCGCCAGGCGGUAUUUCCGCGCGGCACGGAGCGGGACUACGGAGUCCUGUGGGACGAAGGGUAAAAAGGAAGGGCCCGACGGGAUGGAGAUGCUGAGGUUCACCAAGGUCCCCAUCCAGGAAUCUCUCAUCGAGUUCAUGGACGGCAGCAUCAGCAAGCUGGCCACCGAGGCUUUCCAGGCCGUGAUGAAGUUCAUGGGCGACCACCCUCCGAGGGGGCAAACGGAGCUGGACAUCGCCUGCACCAUCCUCAAGCUGUGCGCGGAGCACGAGGUCCUAAGGGACGAGGUGUACUGCCAGGUUGUCAAGCAGGUCACCGACAACACCAGCUCCAAGCCGGACAGCUGCCAGAAGGGCUGGAGGCUGCUCUACAUCCUCACCGCCUACUACAAGUGCUCCGAGGUGCUCAGGCCCUUCCUCCUGGCUUUCCUGCAGGGUGCCAGCGGGCACCCGGAGCUCCCUUUCCACGGGAUCUCCAAAGCCUGCGAGCAAAACCUGCGGAAAACCCUGCAGUUCGGCGGCCGCAGCCUGUUCCCCAGCAACACGGAGCUCAAAGCCAUGGUGGCUGGGCGCAGCGCCAAGCGCCAGCUCUUCCUCCUGCCCGGCGGCAUCGAGCGGCACCUCAAGAUCAAGACGUGCUCGGUGGCUCAGGACGUGAUAGAGGAGCUGUGCUGCGAGAUGGGGCUGCGGCGCCCGGAGGCUUUCGACGAGUACAUCCUCUUCGUGGUCGCCGACAGAGGGCAGAACGUGCGGCCGCUGACCCGCCGGGAAUACAUCCUGGACGUGGCCACCGAGACGGAGCGCCUGGGCGCCAGCUACACCUUCUGGUGCCGCCGCGUGGUCUGGAGCCAGCCCCUCAAGUUCGACAACGAGCUCUACGUCACCGUGCACUACAACCAGGUGCUCCCCGACUACCUCAAGGGGCUGUUCGCUGUCCUGCCGCCUUCGAGGCUGGGAGAGCAGCGCUUCCAGCAGGUGGCCAAGCUGGCCGCCCUCCAGCACCGCGCCAAGGACGGCCACCGCCUCCCCACCGCGAGGGAGGUGCAGGACUACGUCCCCCCGCAGCUCUUCCACCUGCUGACGGCCCAAUCCUGGCUCCACAUGGUGACCCAGCACACGCAGCAAGCCCAGGCGCUCAGCGCCCACCAGGCCAGGGCGCAGUUCCUGGGGCUGCUGAGCGCCUACCCCAUGUUCGGCUCGUCCUUCUUCUACAUCCAGAGCUGCAGCAACAACGCCAUCGUCUCGCCCUGCAUCCUGGCCGUCAACCAGAACGGCCUCAGCUUCCUCAGCAAGGACACCCACGAGCCGGUGGCCAAAUUCUCGCUGAAGGAGAUCCAGGCGAUGCGGACGCGGCGGCCGACGGCCGGCUCCAGCUACCCCUACGUGGAGAUCACGGUGGGGGAGCUGCUGGCGCAGGGCAUCACCCAGCUGCAGCUGGAGCAGGGCCUGGAGCUGUGCCGCGUGGUGGCCGCGCACGUGGAGAGGCUGCUGGGCGCGCGGGAGAAGAGGCUGACGCUGCCGCCCAGCGAGAUCACGCUGCUCUGA